AGACUGCAGACUUCAUCACAUCCUCCCUCAAGACAACAACCCUCAAUCGAUCGAUCCUUCUUUUUUUUUUUCUUCUUCUUCUUUCUCUCUUCUUGAUGAUGGAAAUUUGGAGACUUCUGGCUAUAAUCGGCACUGUGAGCGUCCUCGUAUGCAGCGCUCAAGGAAGGUCUUUAACUCUUGAUAAGGAACAUCGGAUUUCCAACAACUGGGAGGACGAACCUUUGGUGGACACGCUAGCGAGCGAAGUGGCCGGUCUCAUCAAGAGAUCCAAAGCGCACCAGUUCUACGGUCUAAUGGGGAAACGUACCGAUAUCCCUCAGCGUACGAGACUGGGACAGAAAAGAAAUAAAGGAGAGAAGUUCGUUGGACUCAUGGGUAGAUCGUUAAGAGAAGAUACCUUCACGAGAACGAUCCCGGCCGAGACGAGGACAGAUACGCAAUCGGACAAGCGACCAGAUCUGUACGAGGAAUGGGACGACCCUCGAGAUUACGCCGCCGUGUGAACCUUUUCGUAUUCGGAAGAAAACAAAAGGCGUCGUUUUACGUGCAAAAUUAAACCUGGAGACGUGAAAUAAAUGAUUAUUUCUUGUUGCACAAAAAAGAUGUUUGUGUGUGUGUGUGUGUGUGUGUGUGUGUAAGAGAUAGAAGAA